GGGGAGGAGGAGAUCGUGCGCAUCGCCAAGCGGCUGGACAAGAUGGUGGCCAAAAAGAGCGCGGUGAGUGGCGGCCCCCCUCCCACAUACACACAGCCCUGCAGUGGGGAGAGGGCAGCUUCCCUCAGAGCCGCGCUUUUUUGGGGUGGGGGGGUCCCUGUUGGGAAGGACCCCCCUGCGUCUCUCCUUCCAUUCUGGGGCUGGGGGCCCUCCCUGCUGCCCAUCUCCAGGCCGUGUUUUGAAGGGGGGUUGAGGGUGUCUCCAACGGCCAUCGUUGCUGUGUUGUAGCCCUGCCCCCCCCCCAGGCCUGUCUGUACCAGGGCCUUCCCCGCCCCCCGCGCCCCCUUGCAGUGCCGUUAGGCCCACCCUGUUCCACCAACUGCCUGUUUUGGAGGGGAGGGCUCUGUGUCCUCAUUGUGAAGCCCCUUUACCCCACGUUGUCCCCCCAGCCCAACACCCUGGAGCUCCCUGCUUUCUUACUGGGCAGCGCUCCCAACCCUUCUUCCCUGUCCUCUUGAUGGAGGAGGGGGGGGGGGGACCCUUUUGCAUCCCCCCUGCACAGCCCUGGGCACAUCUGCUGGCACAUCCUCAGCUGACCCCCAGCGCUUCUGUAUCUCCCUCCUGCAGCCCUGUCCCAUAGAAGCACUGCUUCUGCUUAUCACCAUCAGCCUUCAGAGCAUGGAGGGUUUGGCUUUGCUGCUGUGUGCCUGCUGUGGGUCUCACGGGGAUGGUGCAAUGGAUUUACUGAAGGAACUGAAGAGUAUGCCUAUGACUUUAGACUUACUGCAGUCCACCCGCAUUGGUAUGUCAGUGAAUGCCCUGAGGAAGCAGAGCUCAGAUGAAGAAGUGAUAGCGCUUGCCAAAUCGCUCAUCAAAUCUUGGAAAAAGCUUCUAGAUGCUUCAGAGGAAAAAAGUGAGGAGAAGAAGAAAAACCUGUCCUUGCCAACAUCUUCCUCAAAGGAGACUGGUAACUCAAGAGACCAAAGCUCCAACAAAAGGCAGGAGCCUCCGAAGACCCCGACCACCCCCAAAAUCACCACCUUCCCUCCGGCGCCCGUCACCUGUGAUGCUGUCCGCAACAAAUGCAGAGAAAUGCUGACAACAGCUCUGCAGGCUGAUGAUGACUAUAUUGCCAUUGGUGCUGACUGUGAGCACAUAGCAGCUCAGAUUGAAGAAUGCAUAUACCAAGAUAUCAAGAACACUGACAUGAAAUACAAAAACCGAGUGAGGAGCCGCAUCUCCAACCUGAAGGACUCCAAAAAUCCUGAGCUGAAAAAGAAUGUGUUGUGUGGGGCCAUUACCCCUGAACAGAUUGCAGUGAUGACCUCGGAGGAAAUGGCCAGUAAUGAGCUGAAAGAGAUCAGGAAAGCCAUGACAAAAGAAGCAAUCCGGGAGCAUCAGAUGGCCAAGACAGGAGGGACGCAGACUGACCUCUUCACCUGUGGGAAAUGCAAGAAGAAGAACUGUACCUACACCCAGGUGCAGACCCGCAGCUCCGAUGAGCCCAUGACCACCUUCGUCGUGUGCAACGAGUGUGGGAACCGCUGGAAGUUCUGCUGAUAUGUGCCAUGGCCCAAGAGCGGCAGCCAAACGCAGAUCUGAGUGCAACCUCCAUACUCCAGCUCCCACGGCAAUUGUGUAUUGUGUCCCAAGUGAGUUUGCAUUGUCAUGUACUGAGAGAGCAGCUGCAGGGAGGCUUGCCUCUCUGUUUGGGCCUCAGUGGAGAGCCACAGUUGUGGGCUGACAGUGACAGGAGAGCUCACUAAACACUCUUAGUCAUUAUUUUCUCAUCUAAGCAAGUAUGGUCACUUUUUCUUCAAAACUAAUAUUAAACAUUUUUGUCAGUUUCUGACUUUUAUUUGAA